CUUUCUCUUUUUUUAUUUAGUUUUAAUCUUCAUCUUCUUAACACUAAAUCUCUCGUUAAUCAAAUCUUUUUAAAAAAUCCACCUCUAGAAGAUUAUGCAGCAGCAGCAGAGGCUAAAGCAACAGACCAUGAUGCAGCAGUCUCUCUACCAGUAUCAUCCGGGUCUCUUAGCGGCACCUCAGAUAGAGCCUAUCUUGAGUGGAAAUCUGCCUCCUGGGUUUGAUGCAAGUACAUGCCGCAGUGUGUAUGUUGGAAACAUUCACCCACAGGUUACAGAGGCUCUACUUCAAGAGGUUUUCUCAAAUACUGGUCCCCUUGAAGGAUGCAAGCUCAUUAGGAAAGAUAAGUCAUCCUAUGGUUUUGUGGACUAUUUUGAUCGUAGAUCUGCUACUCUUGCUAUUGUGUCUCUCAAUGGAAGGCAUCUGUUUGGGCAACCUAUUAAAGUCAAUUGGGCAUAUGCUAGUAGUCAGAGGGAGGAUACAUCAGGUCAUCACAACAUUUUCGUUGGUGAUCUUAGCCCUGAAGUUACUGAUGCUACGUUGUUUGCAUGCUUCUCUGUAUAUCCUAGUUGUUCGGAUGCGAGGGUUAUGUGGGACCAGAAGAGUGGGCGUUCAAGGGGUUUUGGGUUUGUUUCUUUUCGGAACCAGCAGGAAGCCCAAAGUGCGAUAAAUGACUUAACUGGAAAGUGGCUUGGAAGUAGACAGAUUCGGUGCAACUGGGCUGCAAAAGGUGCUAAUGAUGACAAGCAAAGUUCAGACUCCAAAAGUGUAGAGCUGGCAUAUGGAACUUCUGAAGACGCUCAAGAGAAGAGUAAUGAUGAUGCUCCAGAAAGCAAUUCUCAGUAUACCACUGUCUAUGUUGGCAAUCUUGCUCCUGAGGUUACCUCAGUUGAUCUCCACCGGCAUUUCCAUGCACUUGGUGCUGGAGCAAUUGAAGAUGUUCGGGUGCAACGAGAUAAGGGUUUUGGUUUUGUAAGAUACUCCACACAUGCUGAAGCAGCUCUGGCUAUUCAGACAGGGAAUGCUCGGAUUCUCUGUGGGAAACCGAUCAAGUGCUCUUGGGGCAGUAAACCUACUCCACCAGGAUCCAGCUCAACCCCUCUUCCUCCGCCUGCUGCUGCUGCUGCACAUAUGCCAGGUCUUUCAGCGACUGAUUUUGCUGCCUAUGAGCGACAGAUGGCAUUGAGCAAAAUGGCUGGUGUGCCGUCCUUAAUGCAUCCACAGGGUCAGCAUGCCCUUAAACACUUGGGAAUGGGAAUGGGUGCUGCUGGAGGUAGUCAGCCAAUCUAUGAUGGUGGGUUUCAGAAUGUUGCAACAACCCAGCAGCUAAUGUAUUAUUAGUAAUAAUACAUGGAAAGUCCCUGUUACAUUGGUGGCAGUAAUAAGUAUUUAGAUAAGUUUAGGACUACGUUACCUCUUUUUUUUUCUCUUUUCUUUCCUCCCUUCUUGUAGGAUUGCUGUGUUUCUGUUACCAAAUUUGUCGUGUACGUGUCUGUAUGGAUAGUCUCUUUGUGUCUUUUCUUUCCUUUUAACAUUUUUUGUUUUUUGUUUUCUGGGGCAUGGUUAUAUAUGAACGUUGUGUUAUGUACUUUUGAACACUUUAUCUUUGCCGGGCAUAAUACUUUCUACAUGAAAUGUUUUUGCAAUUGUAAGAACGACAUGUGCCCAUUACUGUAUGCUACUUUGCAUCACAGAUGAUAACUUUGGGUUAAGAUUUGGAAGAAGCAUCUUCUUUUAAACUGGA